AACUAUGCCCACCAGUGCGCACAACACUUUUGGUCAUGUUCGGUAAAACUAUGCCGAAAGGAAUGGCGGAAAUCACUAGUUCCUUCCAAGCAUUGAUUUCUGGCAUCUGCUUGAUGAGAUACUUGGAGAGCCAAACAACCUCAGAUAAGUCCCAGUUUUACACCCAGAGUAGAUUUGUACGAGGUCAGCUAGCGAUUACAUGCUCGGUUGGCUUGGCAAGUUCGUUCAAAGUCCGGGAAUCAUCGGCUCCGCCAACACGCUUACUGGUUUACAUUACUGCUGCCUAGCCACGUUCAACUGUCUAUCUGUAUAUGUUCCCAUACCUUUUAUAUAUCCUCCCUGGCGUACACAUUUCACAAUGCGUUUGAUCAAUUGUCACACCUUUCAAAUUGAAGAGUUUCCCGAGCAUAAGAAGCCGCGAUACGCAAUAUUGUCGCAUACUUCCAAAGUGCCUAGCAUCAUCACCAAACCCGCGAGUGAUGUCAAAGAGGAAGUCAAAGUCCCCGAAUCCCAGAUCAUAACCAAGGCAUGUGACAUUGCACUUGGACACGGAUGCGACUAUUGCUGGGUCGACACUGUUUGCGUAAACCGAUCCGAUUCUGGCGACUGGAGCGAAGCUGUCAAUUCCAUGUUCAAAUGGUAUCAAGAUGCUACUUUCUGCAUUGCAUAUCUGAAUGACUUCGAAGGCAUCGGACUCUCGGGAGAAUCUGUGGGAAAUGCAAAUGCCAGCUUCGAAUCCAAGGCGGGUUUGGACAAAGAAGCCGAACCCCCUGCGUAUUCCGAAGUCGACCAAACGUAUUCUUUGGCGAACCUCGGGAGGUGUGAUUGGUUUUCUUCGGGCUGGACUCUCACACAUUUGAUUGCACCACGUCACGUGCAGUUCUACGAUUCGCAAUGGCGAUUCUAUAAAGAGAAGCGGGAAUUCGCGACUGAAAUCUCGCGCAUCACUCGAAUACCCGUUCAAGUGCUUAAAAGCGCCAAUUACAACUGCCAUCGCUAUUCUGUCGCAGAAAUCAUGUCUUGGGCAUCCCGUCGACGGACAGAUCGGAUAGAAGAUUUAUCGUAUUGUUUGUUUGGUCUGUUCGAUGUCAAUUUGCCGCUCAUAUACGGAGAAGGGCAUAAAGCUUUCCGCAGACUCCAAGAAGAGAUUAUUAGGACGCGUGCUGAUCUCAGUGUAUUCGCAUGGCAAAGCAAAAUCGCGGACAAGGACCUCCCGCCUCAUGAACGCAUCAGAGGGAUUCUUGCAAGAUCUCCCUCUGAAUUUUCCCAGGCAAGCGGGAUACCCGCGUCAAUUCAAAGCAGGACCCCUGGCUUCCGGAUGACGAAUAAAGGGUUGCAAAUUGAUGCAGCGAUUGGAGCUGGGACCCCAGAAGCCCUCGAGAUAGGCUUCCUACCGCUGGGGUGUAAGCGCUACAUCGGUGAAGAUUUGCAUUGGCUGGGAGUGUUCCUAAUGCAGAGCCAUGGUUAUGUCUUUCGAGUUAGGUGUGGCGAGCUCGGGACUCAACCUGCUGAAGUGAUGAGGAACAAGAAAUUGCUCCCAUCUGGGGAGUCGAUUCAAACUACGGUGCUGAAAGACACCACGGAGAUAAGUGAAGAGACCCUAAACAUGCUCGCAUCCACCGUUCCGCGCAAUCCUUUCAGAGUUUCGUCGGAGCGUUUGAUUCGAAAGGCGGCAAGAAAUACACCAAUCGCCGUAUACCACGAGUGUGCUGUCAACUUUUUGCUUUUUCUCUAUGCUUUUUGUUCCGUGAAAUCUUCGACAUUUCCUCCGUUUCUCUGCCACCUCACUGACCCUCUCUUUCUUUCAAAAGGCCGAGAAAACGUGAGCUUAUCCAAAAUGGCAUAUCCAAACUUCGACUCAUGUCCCAGACGGCGUGGUGUGUUUGACCACCACAGCUCCAGUUACGCUACAUAUCCUCCUCAGAUGUGCACGCCCGGUUCUUCCACGGUGCCACCUUGCGACUUCGGAUGUGAAUGUAACAACGAUUCAUCACCACGUCCGUUCCACAGCCAUCACCAAAGCGAUGUACCACCAUACUACCAGCCGUAUCAAAGGAUACCCCACGAGACGCCCUAUCCGCCCGUUGUCCACCAUCAUCACCAGCACUUUGCAAGUCCUGAACACCAUGCCUUACACCCUCCGGUCAUGUCACCCCGUGGUCUCUAUCCAACUUACUCUCCGUACAGCCACCCCGUCAGCCAUCCACACGGGUACUCAGCACCCCUCGCAUCUCCACCCACUCCGGUAUCAAGCUUCCCGUCGUCCCGCCGCUGUUCCAGUUCGAGCCGCACAGCAGAGCACUCCUUUGCGCCGUCGGCGCGAAGCGGGAUGAACAGGGAAUCAUCGUACACGCAUGGAACCAAGCGGGCGAAUGUGUAUUCGCCGCACCCAGACUACGACUAUGCGCCGAGUAACUACAGGAGCAUCCGCGAGGGCGGGUCUGAAGGGAUGAGAGCGUUCAUGGAGGCGCGCGGGCUGAGGGAUUGGGAGCCGAGUGACGUGGCGGAGGCUGAACGACUGCUGGGGGAGUAUGAAGAGUUGGAUGCGAGGAUCAGGGGAGUAGGUAGGAAUGAUAAGAACAUGCAUGGCUGCGAUGAGGCGGGCACUGCGGAACAGUCUAAUGAGGAAGAAAGCGUGCAAGUCGGAGACAACGAUGGUCCGGAAGAGAAUCGGGGGGAGAAACCCAAAGACAGCAAGGAGAGGAACAAGAAAGGAAGAUGGGGGCAAGAUGAGGAACCACGCCCUGUCUCGAGAGUGGAAACGCUUUCCGAAGCUAGUUCCUUCGAUGAUGAAGAAGUGGCUCGACGCAACAACUCUGCACCUGAUCAUCAUCACCAAGACUUGCAGACAAGUAGUGCUACUUUGGAAAAUACCAAUGAAGUCGUGGCAACGGAUUGUGACCCUUCACAACCACCACCACCACCACCACCACCACCUGAAGCACCCAGUCCUCCGCCUGCUGUCUUGUCAUCGCCAUCGCCAUCGCCCUCCACUCAGACCUCCUCUGAAAGCGAAGAAGACAACACCUAUGCCGAGACUGCGAGCACCAACAACACAGCGACAGAGAGCCUACACCACGAGGACUACCAUCAACCCGCGCCGCCUGCAUCGAUACGUAGCCCAUCACCUCUUUAUGAUGCGCCAGGCCCAAUGCAACGCUACACGAGUCCAUCACCGCCGCCUCGAUCGUGGCCUCAGUCCCCACCACCACCCGCAAGCCGCGAAUGGAACGAGGAAGACGUGGAUCUUUACUCUUCAUCGGAUGAGUAUAUUAGUGCGAGACAGAGAGCAACUACAAAGGACGAUUAUAUUAAUCCGGAUUCUUCUUCUUCGUCGUCGUCAUCACUGGCGUCGUUUGAUGAUGAUGUUUUCUGUGUGGCGCUAAAUUAA